ACCCCUUGAAAGUCUCCAAAAAACUGGUAUUCAAGGGCAAGGCCUUAGGCGUGAAGCAUUUGCAAUUUGCAAUCCGAAAAAGAAGGUGCUAGUUUUAGAACUUCAGAAAUGGAGCAAAAGAAGAUCAGAAACUGCAACAACAACGCAGCUAUACGAGACGAAGAUGGAUACAAAGGGGUUCCAAUUCAUAGCCAAGUCAUGAAGGUAAAGAAAGAGUUUGAGAAGAUCAAGCAUCCAUCACUGCAGCAGCCAGAUAUGAGACGGGUGCUCCGAGAGAUCACCCGCCAACGGUCCCGGUCCCCUCUGGGAUUAGCCGAAAGACCCAUAUCAGUUGGGAAUUCAUAGAAACUACCCUGGCAGUAUGGCACAU